GAUACUUUCUGGCUCUUAGCUUCCUAUUGUAGAAAUACCAUUUCUUUUUUUUUUUUAACUUGGCAGGCAGAGUUGCGAGCAGCUGUUUUUUUGGCAUUAGAAGAACAAGAGAAAGUAGAGAACAAAGCACCUCUGGUAAAUGAAAGCCUGAAAAAUUUUUUGAGUACAAAAGAUGGUCGUGUGGUGGCAGGUCUUGUUGCAGAAUUUCUACGAUUUUUCAAUCUCGAUUUUACACUGGCUGUUUUUCAGCCUGAAUCGAGCACGCUAAAUGGCCUGGAUGAUCGAGAAAACUUAGCUCGAGAUUUGGGAAUUACAGAAGAAGGUACUGCAGGUGGUCCCCUAUUGUUGGAGGUUGUUAGAAAAUGUCAGCAGAAGAAGAUAUCAGGCAAUGAAGAAGUUGCCCCAGUUCUAAGUGAUGGCCUGUGCUCUACGUCAAAAUCGUCUGAUGGAAGGUCAAGUACACACCCCAUACCGAGUAAGGUUACUGAAGCUACUCAAAGCGAUACGAGUGUCUCGUCAGGGGAAGCCAGCAAAAGAAGCAUUCAUUUUCUGCCUAAUGAAACAAAACUAGAUCCUCAGUUGCAAAACAAAGACUUAAAUACCAAAGAAAAAAGUGAUCCAGGUGUGGAUGAAGAUGAUAUAGAGGGAGAUUCUUUUUUUGAUGAUCCUAUACCCAAACCAGAAAGAACUUAUGGCUGGAAAACUGAUUCCAAUAAAGCAGGAGGUCUAGCAUCCCUUUCUGAUGCACCACCUCUGAAAAGUGGGUUAAGUUCUCUGACUGGUGCACCUAUGCUAAAGGAACCCGAUGAUUUAAAUAGAAAUUCUGUUUUGAAAGACCUGCGGUUGGUGAAUGCAAAACUGGGAUCUUUAGAAUUAGGAAAUGGAGAUGAUGAUGAAUACGCUGAUGACUUCAACAGUGCCAGCCAUCGCUCAGAGAAAAGUGAUAUCAGUAUUGGUGAAGAAAUAGAUGAAAUUUCUGUGGAAACAGAAGACUUGAAUGCCAGUGAUAAACUUGAAGACAUCACACAAGACCAUACCAUUUCUCAGUUCAGUGACGUUGCAGAUUAUCUAGAAGAUGUGGCAUAGGACAGCAAAAACGUUUCAUUGUGCUGGACUAGAAGACAACUGUGGACUGUUGAAUUCAGACAAUCACUUUUUGCUGGAAUGUCCACUCCCUAUUUGUGCCUUGUUUAAUAAAGACUGUAGGUGGAGAGGGCUUCUUUACAAGAAAUGGUGUGUUCCCAUUUGAAUCUGAUAUUGGAAUUACUUUUUUCAUUUGGUUCAGCCAAACCUUUCACAGCAGGAGUUGGAUUUUCCAAGCAGGAUGUCCAUUGCUGGCAAUGGGCGUAAUAAAAAGCAGUCUACAAGAAAACAUCUACACGGAGUCAUGUGGCUUUAUAAUGAACUUGCACUGUUGUAACAGUUUGAACCGUUUUUAAAGAUAACCAAAGCAAGAACCUUCAGAGGUAGUGCUUCAACUUCUGCUUCUUUUUAAGAGUUUUGUCCAGUCAGCAUGUCAUGCAUAUUCAUAGUAAAUCGAGCCACAAUACCUAGGCACUCCAGAUUUACUUGAAACUACUGUUUUUCAGACUUUUUUGAAAGUUGGACUUUUUAAAAAGACUUAUCAAGUUGAGCAUAUCUAAAUUUAGCUAAGUUUUGGAGCUAAAUUUAGUACUAAUCUUAACUCUGAAUAUUCUUGUUUAAAUAUGUUUGUCAGACCAUUGAUGUUAAGACCUAAGCUGUUUUUAUGUAUGAUAAUUUCAUUAGUGUCAUUGGUUGUUAAAUCAUGAAAAUUGAUUAUGUAAGGAUCCACAAAUCAUUAAUUUUUAUUUUAUUUUAUUUUAUUUUUAGGUUUUUAACAGUGUGGAAAUGGUUUGUGGAGCUGUUAUUGUUGAGGGCUCUUUGCUGUAAGCUCAUUUCUAUUUCUGAAAAUCCUUGCUGUGCGAAAAUGGGCGCCAAAAAGUGAAACCAGUAACUGUUUUUCAGAUUCUGAUUGCCACAGAGAAAUAAAUGCAGAUAUUUAAAGCACCGUACUGAAGAAAUUAUCAGUGCUAAGUUCUAGCUAAGAGCAAAUUUCAGUGUAUCCUUUAUAUUCUUGAAAAACAGAGUCACUAGUGGAAACAGUGACAGUUCCUUAACGAUGCCAUUUUGCAUAGCGCUGCUGUAAUAUAUAGGUUGUGGACAUUAAUAGUACUGAAACAAGACUUCAAAAUGUGCACUUUCUGAACAUUGUGAACACAUUUGGAAAAUAUACGUGAAUAUAAAUAACUUAUUUUUUUUUUCUUUUUUAUCACUUUGUAAUUUUCUUUUUCCAGGAAAACUGUUGGCCUCUCAUCAGUGGCCACCUCAGAAGUAGCAUGAUAAACUAAAGCCAUUGGUUAAGUAAAUAGAGCUGCUACUAGCAUUGGAUGCUGAUUUGGGUCUUUCUUGCACUGGGCCAGCAGGCAUGGAGCAGUGCCGGAAAGUUAGGCUUUUGUAGUACAUAAAUAAUGAGAAGAGAAGAGAAAAGUUGUGCCUUUUAUUUAUGUGCGCCCCAAAAAAAGCCAGCAAAAAGCACCAAAAUAUUUAGUCACCUUUAACUUCUGACUUUGUGCCAUGUUGUAGCAGCUUAACAGGAGAAUUUUUUUUAUCCUACAAAUCAAUGUGCCAUAGGCUUAAGAUAACAACGAUAUUGUAAGAAAUAACAUACCGUGUCUAAAAAUUACUUGAACUAUGGAGGAACAUGUGUCUCAAGAUACUACAUGUUAAAAGGUUUUUUUCUGAUUGAAAUCUUUUUAAAGCGAGCAAUAACAUGUCUGAAGGAUGUAAAAUUCAACUUGAACACAUGGGAACAAUGAAUUGCUGACGUUCAUUUUUAAGGUGUGUGGAAUAAUGUAGACAGUGCCAUUUGCAUUUUUUUGUGUCUUGGGAAAACAUAGUUUUGUUACCUGUUAGCUGUAGGAUCUCUUCCGAUUUGUCAUACCAAAAGAAGCUAAAACUAUUAAAUUAUUUCUAAUUGCAUAUGGAGAUGUGGCCUUUAACUAAUUAGAUACUUUAAAUGUUAACAUGACUUCUGUUAACAGCAAAGUGUUUCCUCUUUCCUUGGGGACUGAUUGGAGACCUUGCACUUUGAUUCUCAUUUAAGGAAAUGCCAAAAAGUGGUAAGUCUCAUGUGAGGUUUUGCUGAAUUGUGUAUAAUAACUUGCAAAAUAAAGCUAUUAUGCUGGCUAAAUUAUAUUUUUGAGACUUAUUGAAUAAAAAACGAUCUUUAAUGUUUAGAAAGUUUGGGAAGCCCUGUAGGUCUGGGGGAUUUUAUUGAAGAAUGUUUUUUCAUUUGUUUUCCUCUCCAGAGUCAGUCUAGUCUGCAGUUGAGAGUGUGUGCUCGCGCUUACGUUUCUUUUAAGCCCAGUGAAUCCUGCAGUUUCUCAUAUUGAUUCAUAAAGUCUGAGUUUUUGGGUAUCAGUCUGAGUUGUCAGAUGUCUUAUGAUUCAGCAGAGAGGAGAAAAAAAAAUACUACCUUUAUUGGCAAAAUUUUGUCUUGUUUAGUUCAAUUGAUUUACUUAAAGAUGACUGACAAGUUUAGCUCUUGAAUGCUUGCUUUGUUGUACAUUUCAAACCAUCUUGCUUGGUAUUCUACAUUUGACUUCUUUAAGGACAGUUGUGUACUCAACCUCUUCUGCACGUUAGAAUUAACAACUAGAGCCUAGAAGAUGGAAAUGUUCUUGUCUGCUGUAUUUCUUCUAUCUUUUCCCAGACUGCUUUGUGAACAGGGAAGGUAUUUUCUGAGAAAAUUGGUCUGUGCAGCUUUGCACCAAUAUAGGUUUGUUCAGAAACACACAUUGUGAAACCCUCAGACACUUUAAUUUGUGCAACAAAUCCUGGGAAUUCUGUGAGAGAAAUAACUAGGGUCUAAGCUAUAGCUGACAGUCCCAUCAUCAUGACUGUGGUGAUGAUGACAGAUGAUUAAAAAAACAACACCCUAUA